CCCUUCCGCUGGCUGCAUGUCCGGUCCGCGUGCACGCUCGCGCAUCCCGCCCGUGUGCAGCGAGCCAGCCAGUAAUCGUCGCGGAGAUUGGGCUAGCGGCCGAGGCUGAGGCCGAGUCGGAGCCCCGGUUUUCCAGCCUGGUGGAGCAGCUGAUUGGCAAGUGUGCCAACUGUCCAGUGUUUCCUGGCUCCUACUCUGCCAGUCUCUCUCUCCUGGGAAGAUGUUCCUGGUGGGCCUAACAGGAGGCAUUGCCUCAGGCAAGAGCUCCGUCAUCCAGGUGUUCCAACAGCUGGGUUGUGCUGUGAUCGAUGUAGACGUCAUUGCCCGGCACGUCGUCCAGCCAGGGUACCCUGCUCACCGGCGUAUCGUAGAGGCCUUUGGCACUGAAGUCUUGCUGGAGAAUGGUGACAUCGACCGCAAGGUCCUCGGAGACCUGAUCUUUAACCAGCCUGAUCGUCGGCAGCUCCUCAACUCCAUCACUCAUCCUGAGAUCCGCAAAGAAAUGAUGAAGGAGACCUUCAAGUACUUUCUCCGAGGGUACCGCUACGUGAUUCUGGACAUCCCCCUCCUGUUUGAGACCAAGAAGCUGCUCAAGUACAUGAAGCACACGGUGGUAGUGUACUGUGACCGAGACACACAGCUGGCGCGGCUGAUGAAGCGGAACAACCUGAAUCGUGAAGAUGCAGAGGCAAGGAUCAAUGCCCAGCUGCCCCUGAAGGACAAGGCCCGCAUGGCCAACCACGUUCUAGACAACUCGGGCGAGUGGAGCCUCACCAGACGCCAGGUCAUCCUCUUGCAUGCCAAGCUGGAACGCUCCAUGGAGUACCUGCCACUGAGGCUCGGGUUCCUAACGGGCCUAGCAGGCAUCGCCAGCCUCCUUUACCUGCUCACCCGUUACCUCCUACCUUCUUCUUAACUGGGUACACCAAGGCAGCAAGCCUUAGGCCUCCUCCUUAGAGACCUAAGUCAGGUACCAUGUCCUCAACACUACAUUCACUCAUCCAGUCUGGGACUCAGCAGAAAGAAACUCACUAUCAGGUACCCCUUCCCUCCCUCCCUAGAGCCCCUCAUCCCCUAGUACCCCCUCAGAACAAUAUCCGUGAUGGCAGGAGAACAGCGGUCUCUGUGGCCCUCACCAUGGUUACAACAAUGUAGCCAACAGUUUGUUGGGCUUGAGCCCUCUUGGAGCAUCUGCCCUAUCGUGGCCACAAACUCCCUAGUGGACCACAGCAAAUCCUUCUAAACUGAAGGCCUUCUUCAAACAACUGUCUCCUGGGUUGAAGCCUUUUGCCAGGGUGCAGUGUGACUCCUCUCUCGGGGCUUUACCGCUUAGCCACUGCCUCCCACCACUGCCUCUGAGCUCUGCAAUCCUGGCGUUCCCCAGGCCCCAUGCUGUCUGACCUCUGUGCCUUCCUCCAGAUGCUCCCUGCCCUGCAGUACCUUCCCCCUGGCUGCCCCUGGUCAGGCACCCCGUGUUUUAUCUUAAUCCAUGGUAGAAUAACCAACAAGAAACUGAUUUCUCCUAGACUGUAUGCCUCUAGGUGGCAGGGCUGACUCCUCUCCAGUGUACUACAGCCUGCUCUCCACUGGUGCUCAAUAAAUUGAAUUGAUCUAAAAUGUCCGCUGAAUUCCACUUGGCCUCUGCUCACACCGAGGAGGCCUACGCAGAGGACUCCAGCCAGGUCCGCACCUCUAGGAGGCUGGUGGAGGUGUUGGGCAGAGCACAUCCAUUCAUCCCACAGGCCUGUUUUUUCCUUCCCCAGCCCAAUUAGACCAGUACAGACAUCAGCCUUCCCUCCCAGUGUCUGCAGACCUGCUGAUGUGUAGAUCUUGUUCCCAGCAGCCUAUUAAGGCCAAAAAUGAGUGUGACUAAUGUGAA